GCUUCCAAUGGGUUAUUAUAGUUUCCAGGGGCCUGGAAACACCUCCAGGUGGCUUCCAAUGGGUUAUUAUAGUUUCCAGGGGCCUGGAAACACCUCCAGGGGGCUUCCAAUGGGUUAUUAUAGUUUCCAGGGGCCUGGAAACACCUCCAGGUGGCUUCCAAUGGGUUAUUAUAGUUUCCAGGGGCCUGGAAACACCUCCAGGGGGCUUCCAAUGGGUUAUUAUAGUUUCCAGGGGCCUGGAAACACCUCCAGGUGGCUUCCAAUGGGUUAUUAUAGUUUCCAGGGGCCUGGAAACACCUCCAGGGGGCUUCCAAUGGGUUAUUAUAGUUUCCAGGGGCCUGGAAACACCUCCAGGUGGCUUCCAAUGGGUUAUUAUAGUUUCCAGGGGCCUGGAAACACCUCCAGGGGGCUUCCAAUGGGUUAUUAUAGUUUCCAGGGGCCUGGAAACACCUCCAGGUGGCUUCCAAUGGGUUAUUAUAGUUUCCAGGGGCCUGGAAACACCUCCAGGGGGCUUCCAAUGGGUUAUUAUAGUUUCCAGGGGCCUGGAAACACCUCCAGGUGGCUUCCAAUGGGUUAUUAUAGUUUCCAGGGGCCUGGAAACACCUCCAGGGGGCUUCCAAUGGGUUAUUAUAGUUUCCAGGGGCCUGGAAACACCUCCAGGGGGCUUCCAAUGGGUUAUUAUAGUUUCCAGGGGCCUGGAAACACCUCCAGGUGGCUUCCAAUGGGUUAUUAUAGUUUCCAGGGGCCUGGAAACACCUCCAGGGGGCUUCAUAUAGGUUAUUAUAGUUUCCAGGGGCGCUUCCAAUGGGUUAUUAUAGUUUCCAGGGGCCUGGAAACACCUCCAGGGGGGCUUCCAAUGGGUUAUUAUAGUUUCCAGGGGCCUGGAAACACCUCCAGGGGGCUUCAUAUAGGUUAUUAUAGUUUCCAGGGGUCCUGGAAAUACCUCCAGGGGGCUUCAUAUAGGUUAUUACAGUUUCCAGGGGUCCUGGAAACACCUCCAGGGGGCUUUACACUGAUUUAGAGGUAUCCUGGAAUGUCUUGAAUGAGUUCCUGGGAGAUUGAGAGGGCUCCUUUAGACAUGCUAGGAGUCCUUGAAGGCAUUCCAGGAUCCCUAUAAGACUCCCGGGGUCCCUCAAGACAUGGCAGGAUCCUUGAAUGAGUUCCAGGAUGCUUUAGAAGAAGUCCUGGAGUCCUUGAAAGCGUUCCAUGGUUCCUUGAAGUAUUUCCAGGCUGUGUCUCCUGUGUG